AUGUUAAAAUCGUCCGCACUGGUGUCGUGGGAUUUACCUCACACAAAACGUAAUUUUGACCAACCCGAACAUAUAUUAUUAAUCGCCCAGCAAAUACACGGCCCAGAUGACCGCUUACGUCCGGCUGGAACGUACAAAACACGACUCAGCUUUUACCCGGAUACCCGGCUUUUACCCGCAUUUAUAACCGACUGCCUCCACCUUCAACUGUACAGAGACCCCAAGGACAGAUACAAGAAAGGACAAACGAAAGCCUCGCUCUCAUUACAACACUUUUUGGGCUUUGAGUCUGGAUUUACGUUGGACAAAGAAUCUAACACUAUCGCAAUCAUAUGCCAAGACGUAAUAGUUGUGUUGGCGUUUGAAUCGAGGGAGAGGCUGAUCGCAUGGCAGGUGAAACUUGGUUGUCAGCUGGGUAACCCGAAGCAGUUUCUCGUGAUGAUUGGAAACGGGGGAUCUAAGAAGCUGCCGGCGGGACCAGCUAGACUGCACCUUCAAGGUCGACGUUUCACUCUGACUAGUGGUGUGCCACCAAAAGUUCUCGGUAUAUGGGAACUUGCGCAUCUAAGACGAUAUGGCGUAGUGGAAGGUCGGUUUUGUUUUGAAGGAGGCUCCCAUUGCGGUAAAGGUGAAGGCCUUCACUUGCUUAUAUCAGACCAAGCCCAGGAAAUUACCGAUGCUUUCGAUCAAGCAGCACACGGCAAUGUUCCUACACCUAAAAUGAAACGUAGUGCAGGCACUGAAAAAGGUAAAUCGAGACCAAAUACUCGUAUGUCAGAAAACACUCAAACAUUUGAUCAGUCAAUGCCAGACUCGGCGAGCGCUCUCUACGAAGAGAACUAUUUCGGAGAAGACUGUGGGGCAGGUUCUUCGUUUUGGCCCUCCGAUGAACAAAGAGGGCAAUUUCAAGAACAAGAAUAUAGAACGGAUAUUGAUGUACCAAAAGCACCAUGGGAAGGAGCUGAUCACGUUACUCUAGAACGUUGUAGCAAUUGCCAGUCGAAAUUGGGUGCUAUAUCUCGAUCGUCUACCGUUGCAUUGACUCCAGGAACAACUUUUAAUCCAGAGUGGACGAUGGAAGCAGUGCCCGGCAGCAGUUCUGAUAACUCCUCAAACAGUACCGAAUAUUUAACACCAAGAGAAAUCAAUAAAAAUUGUAAUUCAUGUUCUUGCAAAGACCGACCACCAGAUAGACCACCGAAACCGACACAAUUCGAUCAGAAAAAGCCACCAGCUCCCUUACCACAUCUUUGUGAUUUUUCCAAAGAUGACGACAGUAUUCCUGCUAUGCAUAAUGCGAAAGUGGGUCCUUAUGAAAAUUACGAUGUUCCUAAAACCUUGCAUUCUGAGAUUGAUAAUGCAGAAUAUUACGACACACCUAAGAAAAUAAGACAAGCUCUAACUGACGACUUAUUCCAAGUUACAAAAACAUCCUCUCCAGGAUCUUUAGUACUAAAAAAACAGUGUGGAUGCAUACUGAAGUUUGGUUCAAAAAAGAAGCCCACUAUCGUAGAUUGUGAUGAUAGUUUUAGACCAGUCGAAUGUCCUUGUCAAAAAGUUACGAGUUGGGCAAAUAGUUUGAUCGGUUUGCCUUAUUGUAAGCGCAGUAACAGUAAUGAAAAAGUCAAUGUGCAAGAGACAAGUCGGAAUGUUGACGAAGGAAAUGCAUUAUAUGCAACCGUUGAUAUUUCUAGAAAGACCAAUCGUCAGAGCACUUCAACUUGUAAAGAUUCCGAAGUAUCCUAUGAGCACGUAUCCACAAACUACCAAAACAUGGAUAUAUCAGAUGAAAAGGAAUUCGAAGGCCCCUAUGCGAAUUACGAAAAUUUAGAAUUCGCUCUCUCAUUAGAAUAUUAUGAAAAUGCAAAAGAUUUAUUGAAGAAGGCAGGUGUAACACAAAGUGAAUUAGACGCCCUCAGUGCCAAUAUAGACAAAGCAUCUACAACGUUGCCUAAAAAACGAAAAUUAUGUACAAAAUGUGGUCACGCGCAAUCGUUAAAGGGAACGCAUAACGUCAACGGCAAGUGCGACGAAUAUUUACUAAUGGAACCACCAAAAGAUUCUAAGAGUGAACUAACUCAUCGAUCGAAUGGGCAAAAUCCUGGUUACACGCCGAUGGUACCUAAUCCAAAUUGGUCACAAAGCUUAAAGCAUCCGUUGCAAAAGAUAAAUCGUACAGAAAUAGAAAAAAGUAUGAGUAUACCUACAUUGAACGGAAGUAUAAAUAGAGAUAAUAAUUUGGACCGUUCCAGUACCAGUCUUAGAGAAGUGAUGCAGAAAAGAUCCAGCUCCGUCGAUUCGGCUCCACUACUAGAGGACUCAAAGGAGUUUGACAGUAGUAUUGGUAGUCACUUGACGUCUUCUUCUCUAGAAACGCUGAGAAACUUAGCUUUGGAGAAUAGACUCUCGUCUCCGUGCGAAAAUUACGAUUGUUGUAAAUCCUCCGGUUCAGAUAAUAAAACAUCAGACGAUAGUUCCGUUAAAGACGUUCCGCAUCUACGAAACAAGCAUAUGGAUAACGCGCAAGCUAAAAGAGCGUCGUGCGUGCCAUGCAAAAAUGGCAACCGCGAUUCGUCCAGCUCGAACGACUCCGGUGUUUCGAGCUGCUCGAUGAAGCACGCCCCCGAAUACCAAGACUUCGAGAUGCCGCUUACGUCUGGACAGUCGAGGUAUAACUAUAUGAUGCUGAAACGAUUAAGAGGAGGGAUUACAACCUGCGUACAUUCAUCUCUGCCGAGAAAAUCAAAAUCAUCCGAUCCCCUCCGUGACAUGUCGAUGCAAAUCCAUAAAGCCAAUAUUCGAGCGAAGUCAUCUUCUGCAGAGGCGGAGGUACCAGUCUUGCCUCCAAAGCAACUUAAAGGCGUUUUGGACACCCACAGCACAUCGAGUGGAACGUCAGACAUGUCAGACUAUAUUGAAACUCUCUCAUUGACGUCAUCGCAAUCUUCUUCAGACACGCAAAGUGGUGUCAGAAUAAACCGCCAACCGACAAGCACUCUAAGGCCUCGCUCUGGCAAAGAAUACCACAAUAUGGACCCGAUCCUUACAUCUAUGUACAAGAACGGCAAGGACCUCUCAAACUACACUAAUUUACCCUAA